GAUUUUUCUGAGUCAAAGUGGCCAAACUCCUUUAUAGAAAUCAAAACUGUCAAUGCAGUACCAUCAGGCUAUCUCCCUCAAACUGUGGAACUUGAAAUCUUAUAUCAGCAAAUUGAUACAAAAACUAAAGUGAUUAUCACUGGAACAGUUGCAUUCAAAGAUCUCAUUAAGUUGACAGCUGACCAAAUAGCAGGGACCGAUCAAGUAGGUUACACUCUUGUAAUAAACUACAGAGCACUUACUCAUACUGAGUUGAUGAAUCUGUUUGUCUUUGACGUCACUUUUUAUUUAUACUUGUAUCUGAUAAUAGGAUCUGUCUCGGUUUUUAUGGGAGCAUGCUUAUUUUUAUAUCACAAAGUUUUCACAGAUGUAAAGCCAAAGCCCAAGUUCAGAUUUUUUAGCUUUUUAUCUAUGAUGAUUCCUUCUUCUGUGAUAGGUUUAUUCUAUGCAGUAAUACCGCUAGUUCUUGCUCUUUCUUUGAUUUCAAUAUUGCAGAUGGGAAUCUUCUUCAGCUUCAAAAUAGGGAUCACAGGAAAUGAUUAUAAAGGCGAAUUUGGGCUGUUUGACACAAUUCAGCCAAGCUUUUAUUUCAAUAAUAAACAAGAUGUAUACACAACCAGGCAAGCAAGGUGCGGAGUUACUUUUAUUAUAUGUGGGGUUUAUUUGUUAACAAAAUGUGCGCAGCUCUAUAUUCCUGAUGAAAAUAAAGAUAACGAUGAUAUACCUGAAGAUUUAUGGGGAAAUUUUUGGGAUUUUAUAAAAUGAAAACGGUUUCAUUAUAUCUUCUGGGCGUUCGUCGAAGUCACAAUUUGUGUUGUUUUAUUUCAGUUUUCAACAUCAGCUACUUUUUCAAACAAUAUUUGGACAGUUAUUGCUCUAAUUAUCUUGUUCGGAAAAAUCUUUGAAGAAGCAGGGGCUAAAAUUUUCAAAGAUAAUUUAACAGCAGGUCCAUUUGCACAAUCCUUAGGUAUUAUGGGACAAAUUAUUACUUUCGGAGCUGAGAACUUUGUCGCAUUUCUUCAAGCAUACUUUGUUGAUUGCAUCUGCAACAUCUUUACAAGGGUUUAUUUUGACUUUGUUUUCGAAUUUGUACAAGAUCACAUUGAAGAUGCCCAGAAAAAAGUAAAGUACGUUGUAAGCAACGUUUCUGAUCUUAAAUCGUUAGGAACUUCUCAGAAAUCAGCGUCUUCGAAAGAGAAGACAGAUAUUCAGCAUGGCUCAGAAAUUAAAGAAGAAGCUGAAGAAUAUGACGAAGAACUAGAGCAGCAAGUAUUUGAAGAAUAUGAGCCUUCUUCUCUUACUGGCUCACUCGGCACCUCUUACUACACUUAUGAAAAUAUCAUGCCUACUCCAAAGGAAGUUUCUGAACUCCCUAUUGAGCUUCCUCCAGAGCAGGAAGUUGAGCCGAUUCUUGAGGCUUACCAAAACUACGCCAAUGACUCUUUCAUCAACCUCUACAAUAUGGUCUUUAUUACCAUAAUCUGAAACUUCUACGACGCAACUCAAAUUGCUGCUAACUAUGGAAUCUCCACUUCUUCUUUUCCACUGUACUUUUAUUUUGCGCUUAUGAUUCUCCCUUUCCAAAUCAUCAUUGACGUGCUCAUGCACAAUGCCAAUGAGUGUUUCAAUGGAUGGGCAAUUCAUGACUUUCUCGACUAUAUGAACACUCGAUUCAAGAACAGAAAACAAGUUUGAGCGCUAUUAGACCCUCAAAAUGACAGCGCAAUUGAAAAGGAAAACCAAAGGCUUUAUAGGCUAUGCUUUAGUUCUCAAUUCUUCUUCAUGUGUGCAUUGUUUGACACAGGCAUGAUUCUGUCAGCAAUUGGGAUUAAUACAAUCCUGAUUUAUAAUAGUUAUAAUCCAUUUGACGAUAAAGCAUUGAUUCUUAUUAUUUUAUUUGCUUGGUCGAUUUGCUAUUUUACAGAAUGAAUAUGCAUGAAAUUAGGGAAAUAUUUUAGAGUGUGGCAUAUACAAAAUGAUGAAAAUGAAAAUGGCAAUGAUGAAAAGGAUAACAAAGCAGAAGAAACUGCUGAAGGCGGUAUGGAAAAUUUGAUGGAUAUGUUUCAGCAGUUGCAUCCAAAAGAAAAUAGGAAUAAAAUAGUUCCUGAGUAAGAUUUAUUUAGAAUUCAAAACUGAAACCAAGUUGACAUUGUAAAAGCUGAUGAUGAGCUGAUAAGGAGAGAACUGAACAGUGAAAAAGUUACAGAUGAAGAAGUAAGAGAAAAAUUCUUGAAAUACAAUCAUCUUUGGCUUCAGGAUAAUUUAGAAGGAUUCCUCUCUGAAGAUGACCUAAUAUAUCACAGAGGUUUACUUCUUACUACGUUUUCCAAAAUGUUUGGGCCUUUGCCCAUCGCUGAGAAGCCGAAAGAGUUCCUUGAGCUUCAAGAUCUUCCAAAAGUAGAAAUUCCUUAUGCACUGCCUUUAAUUACAAAAAAUUGGCUUUUUAGGGCAAGAAGAAACAGAGAGCUGAUGGCCCAAGCAGCCCCUAUUAUAGAAAGCAAGAGAGAAGAGCGGUGCUUAUACUGUGGUGCAAGAUUUGGGAUCCAGUCAGAAAUGCUGGAAAGUGUAGAAGAUUUGUAUCUAAGAUUUAUAGCCCAAGAAAGUGGCGCUGAAAAUACACAAGCGAACACCUGAAAUGUGAGAAAUUGGCAAGGAUAUGUGAAUUUAAAUGGACAUUUCAGAACUAUUUGCUUGAACUGCAUCAAGCUUUGCGAGCAGUUUAACAUACAAUCAUCGAAUACAAAAAAGAAAAUACCAGGAAGGAACGUUAAUUUUAGAAAUAUUCCUGAUAGGAAAAACAGAAUCAAGAAAGCAACUAGAAAAAUUGCGGAGAUAUGGGCAGCUAUGGCAAGGAAGCGGCUUAACGAGCCUUAA